AUGAUGUCCCAACAAAAGCCGCAGAAAAAAGCAUAUGCAGGAACUAUAUCGAAUGCAAAAGUUGCGGUGGUUGUUGCUCAGGCUAGUGCUGCUACUCCGCCAGAGGUCUGCCUGGAGUCAGGUCUGCUGAUCAUUACUAAAAUACAGGAGCUGAACGAAAGCGAGGAAGGAAUCGACAUCGCGAAGCGUAACUACAAACCAUCCUUGGUUCACACACGAAGCAAUGCUAGCCUGGCUAGUCAAACAGCAUACGUCUCACGUGAAGCCUGCUGCAGAAAAUCUGGGCGAGUCAGCAAAGUUGAAGUCCAGGGCAGUCGAAUUUAUGUUCAGUAA